AUGAGUUCUGAGAGCUGGUCGGUUGGUUGGGUGAUAAAUGUAGAGGAUCAAGAGAUUAAAAUACUUCACAAGGGUCGAACAAUUCGAUUGUCCCGUAACAAAAUGCGUUCGAUCGUUGUGACGGGUGACUGGAUUGCAUUUCAAAAGAACACUGCAUUUGGUCAAGGUUGCUCAAUUCAGAUCAUUGAUUCAGUAUUGCCAACGAAAACUUUUUGGAACAGCUCGAGGGAGGGAAGUGGAUCACCGCAAACAAAGUGUAUCUGCGUAAAAACCAUUGCCAUCGGUUUACCAGAUGUACAAUUACAAGAGGAUGAUUCGGCGAUUCAUAGAAUAUGGUCACCGCAUUUCGAGUAUCUGGCUGAUCCUUUGCACCUCUUCGAUAAUCCUGUGAAUGUGAAACCAAAUGUAGCAUACGAUGUAUGGUGCAGAUUGAACAGCGACCCAAAAUCACAAUAUGACGGUGUGAGUCCGAUUCUUGAGAUACACUCGAUCGAGGCACCGUCUGAAAGUCAAAUGAUAUCGCUCAAUUCCCCAUGGGCUGAGAGGAGAGAAAUCAGUCCAGUUAAUCAAGCGUCAUCAACGGAUCAACUCUCAAAGAACCAGCAAUCCACGGCACAAAGUCAGGAACGAUAUGCUGAAACUCAGAACCAAUCCAAUGGAAGUCAGAAAAUGAUUAAAGAAGAACAGUUACGACCUACAGUAAGUCUUUGA